AUGCAGUUCUCGGCCAAGGUCAACGAGCAGCUGCGGUCCAUCGUUGACGAGGCCACCUUGGCCGGCCCGGACGGCAUCCCAGGCGCAACGGUCGUCAUCGUUGCCGACGAUGGCUCCGAGCCCUUUGUCCACUCGGCCGGGAGGAGGGGACUCGUCUCCACCGAGGACAUGACGGUCGACCACGUCUUCUGGAUGGCGUCCUGCACCAAGAUGCUCACGGGCCUCGCCUGCAUGCAGCUGGUGGAGAGGGGCCUGAUGAGGCUCGACGACAGCGAUCAGCUCGAGGCCCUCUUCCCGGAGUGGAAGAACCUCCAGGUGCUGCGGGAGGAUGGUGAGCUGGUGCCGAAGAGAAAGGGCAUCACCCUUCGCAUGCUGCUCACCCACACCGCCGGCUUCGGGUACUCCUUCACCAACGAAAGGCUUCGCAACUGGAGCUUUCCCGCCGGCAUCGACGAGUUUUCCGGAUACGCCGAGGAUAUCAAUCAGCCGCUCCUCUUUCAGCCCGGCGAGGGUUGGGAGUACGGCAUCAACCUCGACUGGGCGGGCGUCGCGCUCGAGAGAGCCACGGGGACGCGGCUCAACGACUACAUCCAGGACAACAUCUGCCGGCCCCUCGGUCUCGCGAGCAUGAGCAUGAUGCCGACGCGGGACAUGAAGGAGAAGUUGGCCUACAUGCAUCAGCGCUCGCCCGAGGGAACCAUCUCGCCUUGCGAUCAUCUUCUUCGCCGGCCGCUCACCGUCCAGACCGAGGAGGAAAAGGAUGGCCUCCUGCACAGCGGCGGAGCCGGCAUGUUUGCCAAGCCGCAGGAGUAUUGCCGCAUCAUCGGCGUGCUCCUCAACGACGGCACGUGCCCGAGGACGGGCGUCAAGCUGCUGGAGAAGGCAACGGUGGACGAAAUGUUCAGCAACUCGAUCCCCCAGUUCCCCCAGUUUGGCCGCCAGGGCAUGCCGAGCACCAAGCCGGAGCUCACCAACACGAUCCCCGACAUAUACCCGACCGUCGGCAACACGACGCAGGGGUACGGCCUGACCUUUAUGCUGACCGGAGGUUCGACGGGACGGGCGGAGGGAACGGCCGGCUGGGCGGGUCUGCCGAAUCUGUACUGGUGGGCGGACCGCCAGAACGGCAUCGGCGGCAUGGUGUGCACGCAGAUCCUCCCCUUUGGCGACGCCAAGGUCAUCGGCAUGUGGCUUGCGCUCGAGGCGGCCGUGUACCAAGCUCUGAAGGAGGGUUAG